CCAUGGCAGCUGCUGUCGAUAAGAAAACUGGGGAGAUUGAAGCAUACCGAGCUCUAGCUUUACCUGGGCAAGAAUCUGCUAGGCAUGGGUCGCUAAUAGCAACUGAGGUCGAGAAGUUUGUGGCUCUGUGUUGGACAAAAUUUGAAGAAGCUCUUGGAAGUCUACCAAGCAAGUUGGCUAAAACUAACCAUCGAAUUUUAUCAGCGUUUAUAAUGACAUCACAAGAUGACGGUACACGUGACCCACAGGUGGUUGCUCUGGCGACAGGAACGAAGUGUAUUUUGGAAAAAUACCUCACUGAAUCAUGCGAUGGUUCAGCAAUCAACGACUGUCAUGCUGAAAUUGUCUGUAGGCGUGCACUCAUUCGUUUUCUCUAUUCACAGCUUCUCAAAGCAUUAGAACCGGACAAGGCUGAUGAGUCAAUAUUUGAACGAAAAUCGAAAGAUAAUAAAGAGUUUGUACUGCGAAAAGGCAUUCAUUUUCAUCUCUACAUUAGCAGGUCUCCAUGUGGAGACUCACUUUAUAGAAAAUCUCCUCGUCGUCUUCGCGUGAAGAAAGAAGGAAUGAAGGACACAGUAAAACUUGAUAAUUUACCACAAAGUGGCUUCGCAGAUCACGCUCUUACGUGUACAAUGUCAUGCAGUGAUAAACUCCUCCGUUGGAAUGUGUUAGGUAUUCAAGGAGCUUUGCUGAGUUACUUCAUCUCUCCCAUCUACUGCAAAAGUAUUAUUAUUGGUGAUCAGUUCCAACGUGAGCGCAUGAAGCGUGCCGUGUCUGAGAGACUAUUUGAUAAAUCAGAUAGUCUGCAACCUCAAUUACACGACGCCACUAGGCUGGAAGCCCAAAAGACCAUUCGUGCCCAACUCUCAAGAAAGAAACGACGAAAAGCUUCCAAAUGGAGUGUCAACUGGGUGAAAGGUAUUGAUUUUGAAAUAGUCCAAGGAAGAGCGGGUAAAAAGUUUGCUGUAGAAAUGUCUCGCCUCUGUAAAUACAAACUAGCAGAACAGUUUGUAGAAGUAUGGGAAAAAGUUUACGGAACAGCCCAAGAUUCAAUUCCCAAGACAUACAAAGAAGCUAAGCAGAAAGCUGUGAUGUAUCAACUUGCCAAUAAGGAGAUGCACAGACAGUUAGAGCUUGAGUAUGGCACAUGGAUUCAUAAACCAGGUCAAUGUGAUUCAUUCGAACUCAUUUGGUCAUGACUUGUAUUGCUUUAAUUGACACUUCAGUCUCAUUUGCACAAACCUUUCUCGCGUGACACUUUUCAGUAUAUUA